AAGGGGCGGGACAAAACAAUAGAGGAGGGAUAUGGUGCUAUCAUCAUGGCGGGAUGCAUGAAAAUUAUAAACGGUUUCAUUUCUGAAAGUGCCAAAUUAAUGUUUUUUAUGGUGCUUUUGACCAGUUUACUUCAAACCUCACAACAAGCUACGGGUAACAAACCUUCAGUAAUUGAUCUCGAGGAUGGAGAGACCUAUCUCGUGUCAGGGUCCAACAGGUUCUGUUAUAAAAACUCUGUAGCACCCACCUGGAGGCAGACAUGGACAAGAAUUCAGGUCAAAGUGUGGAGCUCAAAUGUGUUUAAGACUGUAAUUGUGGAAGGUGAGGAGGAGCUGCAGGAGCUGGACCGCUUCACUUUCUGGGGCUGGUUCCAGAGCUUGUUACGCGAGCGGCACAAUGAAACCUCUAUUAACAUCAGUCUGUUCAGCAAGAAGACGUGCUUCAAAAUCGAGCCUGCUGACAAAACUACGUACACUGUCAAGCCACUUCGAAAGUUUGAUUUCUAUUUGUUUUUGGUCUUCCUGGCCGGAAUGAUGUUGUUCAUCUUUGCAGACUCACUCAGCAGGAGUCAAGUCUUCUUCUACUCUGCUGGUAUGAGCACCGGCAUGAUCGCCUCUCUCAUCAUCCUCUUUUUCAUUUUAGCACGCUUUUUGCCAAAAAAAAGCCCUUUUUAUGUGUUGAUUGCUGGCGGCUGGUCAUUUUCUAUUUACGCCAUCCAGCUUGUCUGCAGGAACCUCAACGUAAUUCUGCGAGAACACUGGAAUGUGGCAUUAGGUUAUGUAGCAGUUGUGGGAUUCAUCAGUUUUGCUGUGUGUUACCGUUACGGUCCUCUUGUGGAUGAGAAGAGCAUCAACAUCUUGUCGUGGACGCUGCAGCUGUUUGGGCUGCUUCUGGUUUAUUUGGGGAUUCAAAUUCAGCAAGUUGCCUUCGCCAUCAUCGUGGCAGCGCUGUUCUCCAAAAACCUGGAGUAUCCAGUCUUACUGGUAGUUGCUGCAUGGAGGAAAAUGAGACGAUUUUUUAACUGGAAACUGGAGCCACGUCGCCUGUUGACUGAGGAGGAAUAUCAGAAGGAGGGAGAGGAAGAGACUCGGCGUGCACUGGAGGAGCUCAGGAAGCACUGUAACAGCCCAGAAUUCAGCCCAUGGAAGGCGGUGUCCAGGCUUCAGUCUCCGAAAAGAUUUGCAGAUUUCAUUGAAGGGUCCCCUCACUUGAUGCCAAAUGAGGUGUCUGUCCACGUGCAGGAAUAUGGCUUUGGAGGAUCUUUUUUUGAGGAUGAAUUUUUUGACACAGACGACGAGGAAGACGAGAUCAAGCCUAUGAUGAAACCAGAGUGAGACAGCACAGUAUUGGAGACAUAUGGAAAUGGAAACAGUUGUUAUUUCCUUUCAGAGAGGUGAGCAGAGAACAGCUCUCAGUGGCUCCUGUGCAAAGUUCCAGACUGACUUUUCAGAGGAGGGAUUAAGAAAAGCCUGGAUUGUCAUUUCAGCCUCAAGAGCCACAUUGCGUCUUGGCUUUCAGGGCAAAAAAACAAUCACAAGCAGAACAGUUUGGUCCGAUCUGUUACCAGCAGAAAAAUGCAUUGUGUAAAGAAUGUGCACUAAAGCCAGAUCUCUUCUUUUUUGGGGAACAAAGGCUUCUGUUAAAAUUGUGUUUCAGUGACUGAGACCAGGAAGUUAAAGCUUUUGAACUUGUGUGAUUGAUGGUAGUUUGUGUUGUCUUUAGUCAUAUCUUGGAGGAGGUUUUAUGUUUUAAUUUUCAAAAACAUGUUGCGUUCACAGCCUCAAGGCUCUAAAUGCGAUCACUGAGAUCUAAGGGGAGCAUCCAGACGGCGUGUGUAGUACACCAUGCGUUAACCUUAAGUCUCGCCUCUGAAUGGCAGCGUGAUGGGGUGGUUAGUAUUCUAGCUUUCUGCUCGGGGAGAAAAGUUCAUUCAAGUUUGUAUUUCACUGUUUUCAUUUUAAUGGACAUACGUCAGUGGAAGUGUCUGAAGGUAUUUUGAAUAAAAAAAUAUGUUUGAGCUCUGA